UUACCUCGUUUACCAGAAACUAAUACUCUGUAACUAGAUCUGUCAUCAAAGCUCAAGAGAUAUUUCAUACACAUUUUGAACCUUUUACUCCUUAACCUCUGCUCGUCCUUUUUUCCUUACAUUGUCACUGUCUGUCUGUACGGAGUACGGACGUCCCCACAGUAUCAUUCGACCACCGACCGCAGUAUCUCUGGUACCAUGGUUUUCUUCAAAGCUACACCGGCACCUGAAUUGCCCACGAAGGACAUCCUAUCUUGGAUCUUUGACGCCCCUGACUACGAUGUGAACAAACCGAUCCUCGUCGAUGCCUCCAAAACAGAGCGAUUCAUCUCACACCUCCACGCCCGUACGACCAUCCGCAAAUUGAUAGCGGGACUUCGUCACAUGGGCGUGCGGCGGGGGGAUUGUGUCAUUGUGCACUCGUUCAACGACAUCUACUACACCCUCCUCGUGUUGGCCAUCAUCGGGUCCGGGGCCAUCUUCGCGGGGACGAAUCCGGGAUACACCCCACUCGAACUUCAACACCACGUCAAGAUCACCCAGUCCAAAUUCCUCAUUUGCGAACCGGAGUUGCUCCCUUCGUUGCUGCAAGCCGCGAAGGGGACCGGAAUCCCGGUCUCCCGUAUCCGCAUCUUCGACACCCAACCCGGUCAGACCUGUCCGGACGGGCUUCUGGGUUGGAACGACCUCCUGCGGCACGGAGAGUCGGAUUGGGUACGAUUCGACCACCCGGAGACGUGCGCAGACACCACGGCGGCUCGUCUGACGAGUUCCGGAACGACGGGCCUCCCCAAGGCGACCAUGACCUCUCACCUCAACCUGAUAGCCCAGCACGAAUUGGUCUAUGGGAUCGCCAGUCCCAAACGACCCUAUGAGGUUGUCAACCUCUUCGCCGCGCCCAUGUUCCACGCCGCCGUCGGCCCGCGCGUGCACACGACGGCGCUCAAGAACGGCGAGAGGUCGUACGUCAUGCGCCGUUUCGAACUGGAGCCGUUCCUGGCGAACCUGGAAAAAUACCAAGUGACCGAACUGUACAUCGUCUCGGCCAUGGCCGUGGCCAUCUGCAUGUCCCCCCUCAUCGAAAGGUACUCUCUGAAGUCGGUCCGACAGGCGUUGGCCGGCGCGGCGCCGCUGAGCAAGGAAACCCAAGCGGGGAUCCGGAAAUACAUGAGGCCCGACGCGCCCUUCACCCAGGUCAUGGGCAUGACCGAGAGCACUUGCAUCCUCACCUGGUUCGACUACCCGGAGGACGACGUGACGGGGUCGGUGGGUCGGGUGAGGCCCGGCAUCGACGUGAAACUGGUCGACGACGAGGGCAAAGACAUUUCCGGUUACGACGUCACGGGGGAACUGUGCAUCAAGGGGCCCACGGUGAUCAAGGAGUACUUCAACAACCCGGCGGCCAACGCCGAGACUUUCGACGCCGACGGCUUCUUCCACACGGGGGACGUCAUGUACUGCGACGGCCGCACGAAACUGUGGUACAUUGUCGACCGCAAAAAGGAGAUGAUCAAGGUGCGGGGGUUUCAGGUCGCCCCUCCCGAGAUAGAGGGCGUGUUGCUGACGCACCCGGACAUCGUCGACGCCGCCGUCAUCGGAGUCUCCGCGCGGAGCGAGAUCGACGGCGAAGUGCCGCGCGCCUACGUCGUGCGCAGACCGGGCGUGAAGGAGCCAGAUCUGACCGAGAGGGAUGUCGUCGAGUACGCCGGCAAAGCGCUGUCCAAGUACAAGCGCCUCGAAGGCGGUGUGAAGUUCGUGGAUGCGAUACCCAAAAACGCCUCGGGUAAGAUCCUGAAGAGGAUCCUGAGAGACGAGGCGAAGAAAGAGACGACCGGCACUGCCAAGAUUUGAUUUUUUGGUCUCUGUGAGUGGUCGUAAGCGGAGUACCUCGAGUACUCUGCCCUUGCAAUAUUAUUCGAGCCAAGGACUUUUGGAUGGUUG